ACUGCUUUGAGUCUUGUAGAGAGAGAAGAGUGCACAAGGCGCACUUUCAUUUGUAAUUUAAAAUCUAAUAAAUCUCGGUUGAGUCCACAUGGAGGCGAGCGGGAGUGGCCUGCCAGUGGAAUGGGAAGAGCAGUGGAGAAAGGAAAAGGAAAGGAGGAAACAAGUACUGGGAGAAGGGAGGGAAGGUGUCGAGCAGGACAAACGUGAGCUAAGGAACAUCGUGGCCUUCAAUGACUCCAGAUUGGGGCUGACGAGCGAGAAGGCGGAACCACGCGGAUCCAAACUCAGGGAAGACGGAGACGAUGUCCGACCAUAUUGGAGCGAAAGCUUUCCCGGUGAGACGUUCAAGGUCCUGAGGGAGUUUCUCGACUCGCGUCUCCUCACAGACUUGACCUUGACUACUGAAGACGGGAGCAGCUUCCACGUUCACUCUUCCAUCCUUGCCGCCGUCAGCGCUUUGAUUAAGGCGAGGGUGAAGGAAGAAAUGCUCAAGGGCCGUCAGGAAGACACCGCUGCCCAUCAAUGGUGUCUGCUUCUGGGUCCAGAUGUGGGUCAUUGUGGGCUGCGGGCAGUUGUAGACUUUGCCUACACGGGGGAGCUCAGAAUGGGCGACACCCUACCCCAAAUUGAGGCAGCGGCUCAUGCGCUCGGCGUUCCGAGAUUGUCGGAGCUCUGCGAGCGAACCGCAGGAGCCGAGGCGGGUCCGGGAAGGCGACGAGCAAUUUCUGCCGAGGAGGAAAUGAGACAAACCCUUCGUUCCGUAGAGCAGCUGUGGGCUGAAGGUGUGGGCUGUGAUGUCAUUUUGGACGUGAACGGAGCUUUCUUCCAUGGUUUGUACAAUCGGUCUGGUUGUGAACUUAUUUUUACGGUUGCUUCUGCUCGAACUGAACUUCGGCUCGUGGCAGUCCACAGGACGAUCCUGGCAGCAAGCAGCGACUACUUCCGAGGAAUGUUCACCAGCGGUAUGAGAGAGUCUCGUCAAAGCAGUGUUGCCAUUCCUUGCCAAGUAACCCCAGAGAUGGCGGCUUUGGUUUGCUUCUGCUACCGCGGGAGCCUUCCUCUUAACUGGGACUGCGUUUUCGAGCUGGCCUGCACGGCGCUCCGGUUCCAGUUCCGGUCGGCUGUCUCGCUUUGCCUCCUCUUUAUGAAACAGGAAAUGGAUGCUGGUUCCUGCCUGGAUGUGGCUUCUUUUGCUGAAGCUUACGGAAUGGCAGAUCUCCUCGAGGAAGCCAAUGACUACGUGCUGCGACACUUCUCGGAGGUGUCGGCUACUGAAAAGUUUCUGGACCUCCAAGCUGAGAAGCUUUUGGAGUUUCUCUGCAGCGAUGGUCUCAGCGUGCCGUCUGAGCUGAUCGUGUUUCGAGCUUUAGUCUCCUGGGUGGAGGCGGAUCCUGAAGAGCGCCUAGGACACGCCGACAAACUGAUGAGAGGAGUUCGCUUCCCUCUCAUGACCUUUCGAGAGUUCAGGGAGGUUAGGGCCAUCAACCUGCGAAUGGAGACCAAAGAGGUGCAACUUCAUGUUGCUGCUUUUAAGGAAUUUGGAUCCAGCUUCUCAAUGGAGGAUCACUGUCGGGUGAGGCGCCCCAAAGACUCCCUGGUUCUUGUCGGCGGGGACCGGCUGGACCCAGAUACGGGUCAACGCAAACCAAGCGACGAACUCUGGUUUGUAAACUCCCUGCGCUCCGGCAUAGGCCUGGUGAAGGACAUUGAGUGGAGGAGGCUGGGCCACAUUCCAGGUAAGCCAAAAUUCAGACACGGCGUCGCGAGACUCAACGGGCGCUUGUUUGUGGUCGGAGGAUGUCACUUCUACGCCAAAGACGACGUGAUGAAAUCCACCUACAGCUACGACCCUGAGCUAGACCUCUGGAAAAGGUGCACUGACAUGCAGGAACGUCGAAGUAACUUCUCAAUGGUGGUGCACCGAGGUCAUCUUUGUGCCAUUGGUGGAGAUAAGCAGCUCAACACUAAUUUAAGCAGUGUGGAGAUUUAUGACCCUGAGGCUGAUAGCUGGAGCUUCGCCCGUCCUCUGCACCAGCCGCUAAGCGGCCAUGCCACCACAGUCUUUGAUGGAAGGGUGUUGGUGUCUGGAGGUUUUGACCCUCGGUAUGUUUGUGUCGCUUCCCUCUUCGUGUAUGACCCCGAGGUGGGAAGCACCCACCUGGCUGAUAUGCUUCAAAACCGGGCCCAACACUGCAUGGAGGCGCUGCGAGGUCUCCUCUACGUGGCCGGCGGCAUGUGCAACCUGAGGAAGUAUUACACAGACCAGCUCACCUGCGAGCUUUACGAUCCUUCUACUGACUGCUGGACGUGUCUUGCGCCGCUGCCCGUACCUCAUGUGGGUGCAGCCUCGGCCAUCUUGGAGGAGAAUGUCUACAUCCUUGGAGGGUACUGUCAGGAAGACUACAGCGAAUCUGGACUCGUCCACAGGUUUAACCUCGUCACACAACGCUGGGAGAGGAUGGGAAAAGUGCCAGCGGCCGUUACUGACAUUCGAGCCUGUGUGCUUGGACUGCCCCGGCCCUUGCGAUGCUAGCUUGAAAUGUCACGUGUACUGGCUUUCUCACCAGUGUGCCGGCAAACUAUUUCCAACAAAAAAUUGGAAUCUUCUACAGCGGCCUUUGCGAAUAAACCGAUGGUAACAUGAACAAAAGUGACAUUGCGGAUUGAUGUGAGAGGAAUUGCUGAAUAGACGCACUCAGGUAGAAGGACAGAAGAUACAAAAUUAUUUUUUAUUCCUGUUUAUUAAUGUGGUUAUUUCAUUUUAGUCACAGACACUCGAGAAUGACAGCGACCAAGAGCAAAGCUGAAGAGCUUUGACAUUUAUUUUCCCGUGAAACUACAUGUUACGAAUUUCUGACUGAGUGAGCAAAACACUUGCACUAAGCGUCCACAGGAGGGCGCUCUUAACGGAAACUGUUGACCUUUCAAUACAAGACAUACAGAGGGCAGAACAAUUAUUAUGAUAAAUCUACCAUGCAUUAUUCUUCUGUUUUAUUUACCAUGCAUCAUUUUGUUUGAUUCACCAUGCAUAAUGAUUAGUAUGUUUGAUUUAGCGCAUGCAUUAUUAUUAUUCUAAUUAAUAAUGUAUUUCAGGGGGCCAGUGCCUCUUUGGCCCCUUCUAGCUCAGCCAGUGAGCAGGUGUCAACCUCACCAAUAACCUGUUUUAUUACUAAAGAUAUUUUUAAUCACAAAAAGGUUUUAUGCAGUUAUUUAUAAUGAUGAUUAUUAUUAUUAUAAUAAUAAAUGACGCUAAUAAUGAACGUACAUGCAUUAGUUGGAUGUGGGGGAAAGACAUUUAGGCAGUAGUAGUUGGGCACUUGUGUGGUGUCAAGUAAUGUCAUUGUUGAGCCACUGGGAGUCACUGUAAUCAUCAAAAAAUGUUAUGGGUGGAACUGAGGCCUUCCAGACUCCUUCCUGUGUGGAGCCAAAAUGUUCAACACACAAAGCAUGAAAUAAGAUGUGAGAUGAAUAGUCACAUGUGGAAAAAGGGAUGUGGUCAUUCACAAAUGUGAAAGAAGCUUGUGGUGAGCUGCCUCAGGACAUUAAAGUUGUACAAAACA